UGUGGUAUACUGAAACACAUUUAGAUGUAAUAUUAUAGCUACAAAAGCAACGUGCCACAACGUUGCGUUUCUUCCGGGGAAAAAAAAAGAAUACUGUCUAAUGUGUUACACAUAUUCCCGGGUGCAGUCCUCUUGACAACAACUCGCCACAUUGUAGUAGCCAUAAAGUUGUCGUCACAGCUUUGAACUUCAAAGCAUUGUGUUCUAAUUAGAUCGCGGACAUUCUCCAACGGCUCUGUGGCAGCGGGUGUCGUUCCACUUCAUCUACAGGAGCCUCAUCUUGAUAAGGACACAUCCGGACAGGUAAGAAGAAACCAGACAUAAUCGGGCUGAACUUCGGUACUUCUCUUCUUUUUCUUGUAAAAACAACUGUCAAGCGACAACUAAGCGUUGAAUCCAUAUUCAGAAAAGGUCAUUCUCACCUCGGCUCCUUGCGGUCACACACCAUCAGCUUGGGAUUCCCGCAGGAGUCAUGAGCGGAAGCUGGGAGCGUCUGGAAGAGGAGCUCCUCUGUCCAAUCUGCCUGAGCGUGUUCACGGAGCCCGUGCAGCUGCCGUGCUCGCACAGCUUCUGCAGGGCCUGCAUCUCCUCCUGGGUCGCGGGCCGGGCCGCGGUCCGCUGCCCCGAGUGCAACCGCGGCUACGAGCGGGCGCCGCCGCUGCAGGCGAACGUGAACCUCGCCAGGUUCGUGGAGCGCUUCAACGCGCUGAGCGCAGAGAGAGCCGCGGCCGAGGAGCCGGGCCCCGGCGGACAGGGCCCCCCGCCGGCCCCGCGCAGGGCCCGCUGGCGCAGCGAGGGGCCCCGAGGUGAGGCCGAGGAGCCGGGCCCCGGCGGACAGGGCCCCCCGCCGGCCCCGCGCAGGGUCCGCUGGCGCAGCGAGGGGCCCCGAGGUGAGGCCGAGGAGCCGGGCCCCGGCGGACAGGGCCCCCCGCCGGGCCCCGGUGGACAGGGCCCCCUGCCGGCCCCGCGCAGGGUCCGCCGGCGCAGCGAGGGGCCCCGAGGUGACGCCGAGGAGCCGGGCCCCGGGACCCGUCCGAUCCACGAGAGAGGCCAGAAGUCCGCGUGCUCCACCGUCUGCGAAGUGGAGCGGCAGCACGUGCACAUGCAGGACAUGCUACUGAGGCAGCAAGACAGACUGGUGGGUCAUCUCAAGGACAUUGAUGAGCAGCUGACCAAGCUAGAAGCAAACAAGACACAGAUGAAGGAUACAGUGUCUGAACUGGAGGAGCGUGUGAGAGCCCAGGAUCAGCGGAUGCAUAGGCUGCAGGAAGUGAACCAGGCUGAAACCAUGCAGGGGCUGGAGAGCACUCACUUCAUGUAUGACAGGAAUCACACCCAGAAGGUUCAGCAGCUCAUCGAGAGGCGUCAGGAAACAGAGAAAUACCUGGACUCUGUACAAAAGUUCAUCAAAGACUCGGACACCAUUAGCUUCAUGAAGGAUACAAAACAAUACCACUUGCUGAUGUACAGGUCAGGCUGUCACCUGAUUGGUGCCAAGCCUCGACUCGGACUGGACGGGCUCAACCCUGAUCAUUUGCUGUCUCACCUGCCAACGGAAGAGAAGAACCUGCAGAUAGUGCUGGAAAAUCCGUUGACGGAGGCGCCCAGUCUUGAGAGCGCCCAGUCUCGCUUCAGCUCUGCCGUCCCCCAAAUGGGGACUCGUUCAGGACUACAGAGGAGGACGUACAGCGUGGCCUUCUCUGGAAGUAGCACAGAAGAGUCUUUUCCUUCACUUAAACGCUUCCUGCCUGACCAGAGCCACCACUCAGGGACCAAUUACCCUCCCACUUCCCCAGUGGAGGUGCCUCCUAACAAGCCAUGUACGACAAGGAGAGAACCAAUGUGCAAACUUAUUACCUGCUGCUGCUCCAGGGCCCCCGCUGCUCAUGCCCGGCCUCUGUACCCAGCGUCGGCCUCUUUCCCCUCCGUGACCUCUCUGGAGUUUCCUGCACAUGCCCCAUGGCCUGCAAGCCAGCCACUGCAGCAUUUUCCAGUCCGUGAACAGACGGAGGCCUCGCAGACCACCAGGCGCCCCCGACUUCUACCAGCUUUCAAACUUUUCUCAACCGAGAAAUCUCGGAGCAAAUAGUGACCCAGCAUGACUAUGUUCCUUUACUGCAGAUUUUGUUUGAGUAUUUCCAUAUUGAUUUCCACUUUGCAUCGUACAUUUGACACACACACUGAGUCUCAACACGACCUAAUGAAGGUGUUAUUUUGACACUUACUUGACCUUAUUUUGGGAAACCAUGCCGUUAUCUUUGGCAGCCCUGUUUACUUUCCGAAUCACAUUGACAAUUAUUUGAAAUCAUUCUGUAUUUGUAUUAAUUUUCUGUUUUACUUUGGUUGAAAGUGCUAAUGUAAAUGAUGUACACUGCAGGGAGCCUCCCCAUGCACUUCAAAGUCCAUGUGGCUUUACAAACACACUGGGCUACAAUUGCUUGUCAGGUUUUUCAUGGAGAAAUAAUUUGCUUCAAGGCUGAGUGGCGAUCCGGUAUCGAGUUCGUAUAAUACAUCGAUGGCUUAUCCCCAAGCCUGCGCUGUCCAGCGAGCUCCAGCCAAAUCCAAACCACAACCUUUCCAGCCUGCCAACCAAACAAGUCGUAAAAAUCUGCCUUUAAACCAUUUCUUGAAUCCUGCUUUGCGUUUGGUCCAAAUGGCACCGUUGUAACAAUUGUAUACUAUCUGACACAAAUAAACAUACUAUUGCAAGAUG